AUGAAGAAAGAUGAGGAAUCAGCGGAUAAAAUGAAUGUUGCGGAUGAGAAACUAGAGCUGAGCUGCGAAACUUCUGAUAUUGCCGUCGAAAAAUCAAUAAAGUCUCCGCUGUCGUUCAAUGUCGAUGGAAAGACAGAUUAUCAAAAGGAUGAUAUUGCGAAUUCUUUCGCUGCAGUCCAAGAGAACGUUUGCCGUGUGACACCGGAAAAUGACCUACAAGACAAUGCAACUGAAAUUCAUUCCGAGGCCGUCAUCCCGAAUGAUCCUAUGGCUCUAGCUCAGCACAAGAAGUUGGAUAUAACUACCAAGAAGCUGAAAGAAGAGUUCCCGACAGCAAAACCUCGAAAGCUGAAAAAUUUCUAUAGCAAACAGAAUCAGCUAAUUGAUCAGUUUCUUCAGAGCGGCGAUGAAGAGCGUCUUUCUGCCUUAGAUCUUGAGACAAAUGGGCCAAAGAUCAAAACAGCUGUGUAUGGCUCUGCAACUGUGAAUUUUUGCUUGUUUGUUAUCCAAAUCUAUGCAGCUAUCGCAACGGGUUCUUUAUCUUUGUUCGCAACAGCGGCCGAUGCUUUCAUGGACCUAGUGUCUUCCAUUGUCAUGAUGGUUACCUCACGCAUGGCACGACGACCGAGUGUGUAUAAAUACCCAAUCGGACGAACUCGUAUUGAGACUGUCGGUAUCAUUCUAUUUUGUGCUUUGAUGACGACUGUAGCGGUUCAAUUGAUCGUAGAAUCAUCUCGCGCACUUGGUGAGGGCAAAAGAACCGAUAGCACACUCGAAUUGGUGCCACUCAUUUGUGUUGGCGUUGCUAUCUUUUCCAAAUUCAGCUUGAUGCUGUAUUGUUUUUUCCUUCGGCGCUAUCCAGCUUGUUACGUUUUCUUUAUCGACCACCGCAACGACAUAGUUGUGAAUUCCUUUGGUCUAGUCAUGUCUAUUAUUGGAACUAGGCUCGUGUGGUAUAUUGACCCUAUCGGCGCUAUCCUCAUUGCACUGCUCAUUCUUUUCUCGUGGGCCUCGACUGCAUACGAACAAAUAUGGCUUCUUGUCGGCAAGUCCGCACCUAGAGAAUUUCUGUCGAAAGUAUUAUACGUAAGUAUGACACAUGAUGAACAAAUCAAAAGCAUCGACACGUGUAGAGCAUACCACGCAGGAGAAAAGUACUUCGUUGAGAUCGACAUCAUCAUGGAUGAGAAUACGAUAUUAAAGGUUACACACGAUGUUAGUCAAACACUUCAGCGAAAAAUAGAGGGUCUCGAAGACGUAGAACGAGCAUUCGUCCACGUUGAUUAUGAUCAAGAGCACGAUCCCUAUGAGGAACACAAGCCGCUUUAUCCGAAGAUACGUUCAAAGAGCCGGAUCAAAGUGGUCUUGUCUCAAAUCAGACAACGGAUCUCAAUGGUUCGUGGCUGA